UGACCGACUCGGUACCAUUUCAUUAGUUCGACCCGUGUUAUUCUUGUUUGGCAGUGCACAAUGAAUUUGUGUGAAGAAAAUUUUUCCCAUCUUUCCCAACAGCAAUUUACGUUCUGAUCGUUCGAUUCAAACCAUGAUCCAACUCGUCAUUGCUAUCGCCGCCAUUAUUUCAAUCCAAGCCGCUUCGCAACAUACGCCAUUGAGAUCGGAGGAAUUUGAUUUAAAUCACGGAUGGCACGUCGAAAACGCCAAUGGAACGAUCAGAUUGGAAAACGUGACGGUACCAUCGGGAGUCUAUACUACUCUGGAACAGGCUCAUAUCAUUGGAUCACUUUACGAUGGCAAAAAUGACCUAACUACGAAAUGGAUCGCGAAAGAUAACUGGACCUACUCAUUGGAUAUACCAUGUGACGCUCUGGAUCUUAGCUAUACACACGUUGUACUAACAUUUCAUGGAGUUGAUACAUUUGCCGAUGUUUAUUUCAAUGGUGAUCUAUUGGGCAGGACAAACAAUAUGUUUGUCCGCUAUCGGUUUGACGUCAAAUUUAUGCUACGAGAUAAGUGCCAAGGAUCAUCAAACCUCCGUGUGGCGAUCCGGUCGCCCAUCGUGGAAGCAGCGGAUCUAGCUGCGAAAAACAACCAUUUGAAGGUGGUCCCCGAAUGUCCCCCGGAGGAGUACAACGGCGAAUGCCAUGUUAAUCAGAUUAGAAAAAUGCAAGCCAGUUUUUCCUGGGAUUGGGGUUUGUCCGCUCCUUCGAUGGGAAUAUGGAAGCCAGUACAAAUAGAGCUUUAUCACUCUGUCAAAAUAAGAGAUGUUACAUUUGCGUUGACUGAAGAGGACAAUAAUUGGAAAGUUUUGGUGGGAGCAUACCUGGAAACUGGUACUUCGAGUGAAAUUAUAAAGGGAACAUUGAGUUUUGAAAUAUUAGAAGCACAAAUAAUUACGAUCGACGAGAAGAGUGAUAAAAACGGUGAAAUACUAAUAGAAACGAUCCUAACAGUACCAAAAAAAUCUGUCGAGCUCUGGUGGCCAAACGGUCACGGCAGACAAGUAAUGUACAACUUAACCGUGAAAUGGGAUGACGAGAAUGCGAAUAACGCUCACAUCCAUUAUCACGGCAAAAUGUGGACGGAAAAAACUAUUCGCAUAGGCUUCCGUAGCGUAGAACUCAUCCAAGAGAAAACAGAUGACGGAUUAAUGUUCUAUUUCACGAUCAACAACAUUCCAAUAUUCAUGAAAGGAUCGAAUUGGAUACCAGCUUCUAUAUUGCCAGAGAGCUCGUAUAACGAAAACUACGUGAAGUACCUACUAGAUGCUACACGUGAUGCAAAUAUGAACAUGCUUCGCGUUUGGGGCGGAGGUUUGUACGAGAGCGACUACUUCUAUGAGCUUGCCGAUGAACUAGGAAUUCUGAUAUGGCAUGAUCUGAUGUUUGCAUGUUCCAUGUAUCCCGCUAACGACGAAUUCCUAGCAAAUGUGGCGUUGGAAGUACAGCAGAAUAUAAGACGCAUACAGCAUCAUCCGAGUGUGGCUAUUUGGGCGACCAACAACGAGAAUGAAGUUGCGCUGCGACAGAAUUGGUACGGAACUGCGUCUGAUGAGGAAGCCUACAUUGAGGAGUAUAAGAGACUUUAUGUGGAAGUUGUCCAGCCUGAAAUUCUAAGGGUAGACAAAUGGAGAACUGUGCUAAUAUCGUCUCCUUCGAAUGGUGAUCAAUCAACGGCGGAAGAUUAUACUGCAUCGAAUCCACAAGAUCCACGAUAUGGAGAUGUUCAUUACUAUAACUACGAAGCGGAUGGGUGGAAUCCAAAUACAUACUCCGGAGGUCGAUUCAUUUCCGAAUACGGAUUCCAGUCCUUUCCGGCACUUAGCAGUUGGCCUACCGAAAGCCUCAGUAGUGAUGAAUUGACGGAUCUUGUCGACCACCGCCAGCACAGUCCUUUGAGGAAUGAUCCAAUCUUGCUAAUGAUCGAACAAAACUUACCAAUGCCAUCAGUAAAUUCCACUUCUUAUUGGCAAGAUCUGAUGUAUCUAAGCCAAGUAUCACAAGCAAUGAUCGUGAAAACCGAAACAGAAGUAUAUCGUGCCAAGCGAGUAGAACAGGGUACUAUGGGGGCUCUCUACUGGCAGCUCAACGAUGUCUGGAUUGCGCCGUCUUGGUCCAGCAUUGAGUAUGGUGGAAAAUUUAAAAUCCUACACUACUGGAUGAAGCAAGUGCUCACUGAAUACCACAUCGUGGGUAUUAUAAAUCCUAUGAAGUUUUUGGAUCUGUACAUGAUCCGCGAUACGGUGGGCACCGAUGAGAAAUGGUCAAUUCACAUUAAAUUCUACAAUUGGACUAGUUUCACGCCAGCUCAUUCGCUUACUUUUGAAUCCAUGAACAUUCCAGAAAAUACCGUUGUCAAAGUAGACUCCUAUUACAUAUACGAGCAUUUGAAACAAUUCAACUUAGAUCCAAGUGACCAUAUUUUAUUAAUACAACUUCACUCGUAUAACGGAACAAAAUUGUCGGAAAAUUUUGUACUUCUUGAUAAACUCAAGAAUGCAAAGCACAUGCCAACACCAACCGUUGAAGUCAGGGUUGCAAAAGUGAAAUGUAGCCCGAAAACUAAUAUUGUUCAGUACAGUUUGACAGCAGACGUUAGUUCGCCAGCAUUAUUUCUGAAUAUGGAACUGAAACCGGAAAUAAACGCACAAUUGAAGCAAUGUCACUUCUCAAACAACGGUUUUCUACAGUUCACACCCUCGAAAACGAUCUACUUACGGUGUCUGGAUGUGGGAUGUAAAUCUGACUUGAAACCGGCCGAUUUCAAUGUGAUGAUGGUGAAUCAGUUUUUCGACUAAAAUGAAAAAUAAA